AUGGCACCAGUCGCCACUGCCGACAUCGUCGAGAAUGUCCCCUCUGGCAAGGCCAUGGACAGUGUCUCCGACGCCAUUGACGAGGUAAACGUCAUCAAGUAUGACGAGGAUUCCAAGUUCGAUGCCGAGAAGGACAAGAACACCUUCCGUCAGUACGAGGACGCCUGCGACCGCGUCAAGAACUUCUACAAGGAGCAGCACGAGAAGCAGACCGUGGCUUACAACCUUGCUGCCCGCAACCGCUUCUACAGCUCUUCUCGACCCCGCCCCAAGAUGACCAUCUGGGAGGCCAUGGAGAAGCUCGACACCCUCGUCGACGAGUCCGACCCCGACACCUCACUCUCUCAGAUCGAGCAUCUGCUCCAGUCCGCUGAGGCCAUCCGACGAGACGGCAAGCCCCGAUGGAUGCAGCUGACCGGCCUGAUCCACGAUCUCGGCAAGCUCAUGCUCUUCUUCCCCGAGCUCGAGACCCAGGGCCAGUGGGACGUCGUUGGCGACACCUUCCCCGUCGGCUGCGCCUUCGACAAGCGCAUCAUCCUCCCCGAGACCUUCGCCGCCAACCCCGACGUCAACGACCCCAUCUACAGCACCCCCAACGGCAUCUACACCCCUGGCUGCGGUCUCGACAACAUCAUGCUCAGCUGGGGCCACGAUGAGUACCUCUACCACGUCGUCAAGGACCAGUCCACACUCCCCGACGAGGCCCUGGCCAUGAUCCGCUACCACUCUUUCUACCCCUGGCACCGCGAGGGCGCCUACCACCAGUUCAUGGUGGCCAAGGACCACGAGAUGCUCAAGGCCGUCAAGGCAUUCAACCCUUACGAUCUCUACAGCAAGAGCGAUGGCGUUCCCGACACCGCUACUCUCAAGCCCUACUACAUGGAGCUGAUCAACGAGUACUUCCCCAAGGGUGUCAUUGAGUGGUAA